AUGUCACUGAACAACUCUUCCAAUGUAUUUCUGGAUUCCACGCCCAGUAAUACCAAUCGCUUUCAAGUUAAUGUCAUAAGCGAGAGCCGGGAGAGCAGCGCCGCUGUGAAUGACAACGCUGACCCUCCGCAUUAUGAGGAAACCUCUUUUGGGGAUGAAGGCCAGAACAGGUUUAGAAUCAGCUUCAGGCCUGGGAAUCAGGAGUGCUACGACAAUUUCCUCCAAACUGGGGAAAUGGCUAAAACAGAUGCCAGUUUUCACGCUUACGAUUCUCACACAAACACAUACUACCUACAAACCUUUGGCCACAACACUGUGGAUGCUGUGCCCAAGAUCGAGUACUAUCGCAACACCGGCAGUGUUAGCGGGCCCAAGGUCAACCGUCCCAGCCUGCUGGACAUUCACGAGCAACUUGCAAAGAAUGUAUCAGUGGCCCCAGGUUCGGCUGAUGUGGUUGCUAACGGUGAAGGGACACCUGGAGAUGAACAAGCUGAAAACAAGGGAGAAGAUCAAGCUGGUGCUGUGAAGUUUGGAUGGGUGAAAGGUGUGCUGGUACGAUGUAUGCUGAAUAUCUGGGGUGUCAUGCUCUUCAUUCGCCUCUCCUGGAUUGUUGGAGAAGCUGGAAUCGGUCUUGGAGUUCUCAUAAUUCUUCUUUCCACCAUGGUCACUUCUAUUACUGGGUUGUCAACUUCUGCAAUAGCAACUAACGGGUUUGUUCGUGGAGGUGGGGCCUACUAUCUUAUUUCCAGAAGCUUAGGGCCUGAGUUUGGUGGAUCUAUAGGCUUGAUCUUUGCUUUUGCCAACGCAGUGGCUGUUGCUAUGUAUGUGGUGGGAUUUGCUGAGACUGUGGUAGAUCUUCUUAAGGAGAGUGAUUCGAUGAUGGUGGAUCCAACCAAUGACAUCCGGAUCAUAGGCUCCAUCACAGUGGUGAUUCUUUUAGGAAUUUCAGUAGCUGGAAUGGAAUGGGAAGCAAAGGCUCAAGUGAUUCUUCUGAUCAUUCUUCUCAUUGCUAUCGCAAACUUCUUCAUUGGAACUGUCAUUCCAUCCAACAAUGAGAAAAGGGCCAGAGGUUUCUUUAAUUACCAAGCAUCAAUAUUUGCAGAAAAUUUUGGGCCAAGCUUCACCAAAGGUGAAGGCUUCUUCUCUGUCUUUGCCAUUUUUUUCCCAGCAGCAACUGGGAUCCUAGCUGGUGCCAAUAUCUCGGGAGAUUUGGAGGAUCCCCAAGAUGCCAUCCCCAAAGGAACCAUGCUGGCCAUCUUCAUCACCACGGUCGCCUACAUAGGAGUAGCCAUUUGCGUGGGGGCUUGUGUGGUCCGGGAUGCCACUGGGAGCGUGAAUGACACCAUCAUUUCUGGGAUGAACUGCAAUGGUUCAGCAGCCUGUGGGUUAGGCUAUGACUUCUCAAGAUGUCGACAUGAACCGUGUCAGUAUGGGCUGAUGAACAAUUUCCAGGUCAUGAGCAUGGUGUCAGGGUUCGGCCCCCUCAUCACUGCUGGGAUCUUUUCUGCAACACUCUCCUCGGCCCUGGCCUCCCUCGUCAGCGCACCCAAAGUGUUCCAGGCUCUGUGCAAGGACAACAUCUACAAAGCUCUGCAGUUCUUUGCAAAGGGAUAUGGGAAGAACAACGAGCCACUGAGAGGAUACUUUCUCACUUUUGUUAUAGCCAUGGCAUUCAUUCUUAUUGCGGAACUGAACACCAUCGCUCCCAUCAUCUCCAACUUUUUCCUGGCCUCAUAUGCACUUAUUAACUUCUCCUGCUUUCAUGCCUCUUACGCCAAAUCUCCAGGAUGGAGACCUGCAUAUGGUAUUUACAACAUGUGGGUGUCUCUCUUUGGAGCUGUUUUGUGCUGUGCGGUCAUGUUUGUCAUCAACUGGUGGGCGGCUGUCAUCACCUAUGUCAUUGAGUUCUUCCUCUAUAUAUACGUGACUUACAAGAAGCCAGAUGUGAACUGGGGCUCCUCCACGCAGGCUCUUUCCUACGUGAGUGCUUUAGACAAUGCUCUAGAACUAACUACAGUGGAAGACCAUGUGAAAAACUUCAGGCCCCAGUGCAUCGUCUUAACAGGGGGACCCAUGACAAGACCUGCUCUCUUGGAUAUAGCUCAUGCCUUUACCAAGAACAGUGGCCUUUGCAUCUGCUGUGAAGUCUUUGUGGGACCGCGCAAGCUGUGUGUUAAAGAGAUGAACAGUGGCAUGGCAAAAAAGCAGGCCUGGCUUAUAAAGAACAAAAUCAAGGCAUUUUAUGCAGCAGUGGCAGCAGAUUGUUUCAGGGAUGGUGUCCGAAGUCUCCUUCAGGCCUCGGGCUUAGGAAGAAUGAAGCCAAACACUCUGGUGAUUGGAUAUAAAAAAAACUGGAGGAAGGCUCCCCUGACAGAGAUUGAAAACUAUGUGGGAAUCAUACAUGAUGCGUUUGAUUUUGAGAUUGGUGUUGUCAUAGUCAGAAUCAGCCAAGGGUUUGACAUCUCCCAGGUUCUUCAGGUGCAAGAGGAAUUAGAGAAAUUAGAACAGGAGCGGCUGGCUUUGGAAGCCACCAUCAAAGACAACGAAAGUGAAGAAGGAAAUGGAGGCAUCCGAGGCUUGUUUAAAAAAGCUGGCAAGCUGAACAUUACUAAGCCAACUCCUAAGAAAGAUAGUGGCAUUAACACAAUCCAGUCAAUGCACAUUGGGGAGUUCAACCAGAAACUGGUGGAAGCCAGCACCCAAUUUAAAAAGAAGCAGGGAAAAGGCACAAUUGAUGUUUGGUGGUUGUUUGAUGACGGAGGGUUAACACUCCUUAUCCCCUAUAUCUUGACUCUCAGAAAAAAAUGGAAAGACUGUAAAUUAAGAAUCUAUGUUGGAGGGAAGAUCAAUCGCAUUGAAGAAGAAAAAAUUGCAAUGGCUUCCCUUCUGAGCAAAUUUAGGAUAAAAUUUGCAGACAUCCAUGUCAUUGGUGACAUCAACGUUAAGCCAAACAAAGAAAGCUGGAAAGUCUUUGAAGAAAUGAUUGAACCAUAUCGUCUCCAUGAAAGCUGUAAAGAUUUAACAACUGCUGAGAAAUUAAAGAGAGAAACUCCGUGGAAAAUUACAGAUGCAGAACUGGAAGCAGUCAAGGAAAAGAGUUACCGCCAAGUUCGACUGAAUGAACUCUUACAGGAGCACUCAAGAGCUGCUAAUCUCAUAGUCCUGAGCCUUCCAGUGGCAAGGAAAGGAUCUAUAUCAGAUUGGUUGUACAUGGCUUGGUUGGAAAUCCUCACAAAGAACCUCCCUCCUGUCUUACUAGUUAGAGGAAAUCACAAAAAUGUCCUGACAUUUUACUCUUAA